AUGUCGCUGACGGUCCGACAGGCUCGGCAGCAGGCUCCUGCGCUGUACAAUGUGCUGCAGGAGAAAGGAAAGAACCUUGACGACACCGAUGAAAUCAUUAAGUUCAUCAAGCCUUUGCUUCGACAAAACCAGCUGAAGCUUGACCAACUCGGCAGUAAGAUCAGGCUAAUGGACUCGGACAAAAAUAGUUUAAAGGCCACCCUGAACCAACUCGACGACGCAACGACGGAAUUCGAAUCACUGUACGUCCACAAGCUGGCGCUCCUGAUCUCAAACCUGCACUCAAUAGCGGAAAAAAUCGGCAGUACGCAAUCGCUGACAAACUCCAUCAUUCUGGAGAUUCCCCAUCCGUACUUCAUUUUCAGUGUUGUUUAAGUUUAUUUCACAUAGGUACGAUUACGAAGUUGAAGUAAAGACUGACGUGACCAUGGCGAGACCUUUGUGUUACAGGCACGUUGUUCUCGACUGUUUACGACGGUGCCACUGUUAUGUGUUUUGUUGACUAGAGAAGUAAGCACUUGCUGCAUUUGACGAAACCUUUGGUCGAACGCAGGUAUUUUCAAGUUCUAGCGCGCGACUACCAACUUCAGUUGGAAAGGCUGAAACACUCGAUCGACGCCUGUGAGACAUCACUAUGAAAUGUAAAAAUGUCUGGGUCUGGAAACUUGUGAUGCUGGGUGGCGUCUCAUGAUGAGGCUACGAAUACUGGCUGAGCAUGACAAGUUUCUGAGCUCCUAGCUGUUGCCUAUUCUGCAUGACAAACCGCGGCUCUGCAUCACAGAAAAACGGGGCUCUUGGGUAACGUGCAUGACAGAUUUAAGAGUCAUGCCAGACAAGCACGACAAACUCAAACUCAAACAUGAAUUCUUCCAGACCCAGACAUUUUUGCAGUUCAUAAUCACUUGUUGGUUACCAAAGGGAAAGACAGGAGGCGCUGGCAGUGAACGAAUUCCAAGAAAGCGCUGUUACGGUACAUUGAUUCAUUUUUUUACCGUUGCGUGGUUUACUGCGAUGAGUGCAUACUUAACCAUAACCAUGAUAGAAAAGUACAGGAAGUGGAAAUUAUUGAGAUCGAAGUCGAACUACUUCUAUUGGCUUGCACAGCUUCGAAAUUCUGUACCACACUCGACACGACAGGGCCGAAAAAUCGAAGUUGCGUUACGUGCUAACUACGCUCAGUUCCGGUCCAUUGCGGGAGAGCUACUAAAGCUCGAGGAGCGUAUGGAAGAGCUGAAGCAAGCCGCGCAAGUCCAGAAAAAUAUCAACCUGCGAAAUCUGGUUCUCGAAACCGGUACCUCUUCCGUAAGCGCAACUUCCAUGACCAACUAUUUUGGCAACAACGGGGUUGCAGCGAACAUGCUAGGAGGCAGUUUGGGCGUUGGGCAACAACCAGGUGGUGCCGGCGCAUUUGCCCAGCAACCAGCUGGAACCGCUGCCCAGCCCGCCAUUGGUGGUGGUAUGUUCGGCGGGCAAAGCAAUGCAAGUCUUUUUGGGCAACCAGGAGCACAAACACAGCCUGCAGCUACGGGUGGAGGUUUAUUUGGAACGCAACCACAGCAGCCAGCGACCGGCGGUGGGUUGUUUGGAAACACGCAACCGCAAAACACCUCCACGGGUGGUGGCCUCUUCGGUAGCACCACCGCACAACAACCAGCGAACACAGGCGGCGGCUUGUUCGGAAGCACGCAGCCAGCCGCACAAAAUACUGGCGGAGGACUGUUCGGCGGUCAACCGGCGCAGCCACAAAACACAGGUGGAGGAUUGUUCGGGGGCCAACCAGCACAAAAUACCGGCGGAGGAUUGUUCGGUAGUCAGCCAGCACCGGCACAAAACACUGGUGGAGGGCUCUUCGGCAACAGCGCCGGUGGCAGCAUUUUCGGGGGCAGAUAG